AACAGUGGUGACGUGUGGCAUAACACUGGUGACGUGGGAUACAACAGUGGUGACGUGGGGUACAGCAGUGUUGACGUGUGGUACAACAGUGGUGACGUGUGGUGCAACAGUGUUGACGUGAGGGAUGAGGUGCGACGUGCGUGUGUUGACCUCGUUUGUGACUGGUGCCCUGACUGCCACCACCAUCACUGUCUUUGUGAUACUUUCAUCUGUGAGACAAACAUGUCAGCCAUUCCACCGCCAGUAGAGCAGCAUCAGCAGCAGCUCAAUGAGGCCAGCUGCCUAGUCAAUGGCCAGAAUGAAGGAGCAGCAGCAGCAGCAGCUGUAGCAGUAGAUACAGAUGAGAAUAAUAUGCCAGUGGAAAUCAACACCCAAGAUUUGAACUUUGAUCUUCAGAUGGUCCUUGAUGGAUUCAUGCAGUGUAAGGGAGACGAUGGACAACUCUACUUGGAUGGAUACCUGCGUGCCUACAGUGAGCUGAACAAAUUUCUGAAAAUUCUCGGAACAAUCUUCAACUUUGUCUCUCAUGAUAUUCAGAAAAAGGUGACGAUUCUUCAGUGUUAUCGCAAAGGAGGUGCUGGGGACUACUACUAUUCAAUUCAAUCCAUGAUUGAGUAUGAAAGAGAAAACAAUAUCCUGACUGGCAGUGACCAGCAGUCUGGAUCCCGAACCUUGUUGCGACUUCACCGAGGACUUGAAUUCAUUGGAGGUUUUUUUUCUGAAAUUCACAAAGCCUCAGAUGACAGUGGACUGGGUAGCUCAGCCUCUGAGCUGUAUGGACGCACCCUGGCUAAAUACCAUAACUGGGUACUGGCAAAAACUGCAAGUGCCCUCCUCCUUAUGAUGCCAAAUAAGCAAACUAUAGUUGAACGGGUCGAACUUGGAAGUAAGCCGAUUACUGGCGGCAACACCUCAAUUCGUGCGCAUAAUGAAGCCCUCAUGCCCAAGGUGAUUGAAGCAAUGAACUCCGUGUACAACUUGACCCAGAAACUUUACGAAGAUUACGGUCUUCUCGAUUUGCCUUGAAGUGACACAAAUUCAAGAAUUGAAAUUGUGUUGAAGUGUUUAUUUGAUACUGAAAAUCUCAAGUAAUAAAGCGCAUAGAAGUAAAAUCCUCUUCACUAGAUAACUAACUUGGGACUGGAAUGUAACAUUUCAAACAAUAAGAGGUAAUUAUAUUUGUGUAGUGUAAGGGAAGAAAUCCUGUAAUACUGUAUAAUCCUUCAUUAUUGUGAUGGCAGGGUAUAAUGCACACAUUCCAUGUGGAUUCAAAACUACUAUUGUAAGAGCAGAGAUGUGAAUAGAUGUGAUCUAUGCAGUGUGUAUGUGUGUGGAGGUAAGGUUUUUCAUGUUUUAAUGAAAUACUGUUGUGAUACAGUACAGAGGUGACUAAAUCAAGACUGUAAUUCUUCAUAUCAGAGAAUUCCAGUAAGCAUGUAGCUAUAGAAUUAUGUAAAGCAUAGAAUUAUUUUCUUGAAUAGUUUUAUAUAGAAGAAGAAACAUCACAAUACAGAGGCUAAAACAAUUUACAUCUAACACAAACUAGAGGUAAACAUUUAGAUGUUUAGGUCCAGAAAAUAUCAAAACCUCAUCUGAAGAUUUAUCUCCAAUUUGUGAGUUAGUUGUGGAUAGUUCUAUAUAUUCUGCAUGAAUGUAUACUUAAAUGUGCCCAUCCUUUUAACCAUACAAUAUGUCCAGCAGGGGGUGCAUAGCAGGACUGGUUUGGCAGGCCUACACCUGCUAGUAACAGUAGACAGUCUUGGACUACUAAUGCUUGUGAUUGAUCUGAGGUGCCUUUAGUGAGCGUCUCCCACUUUCAAGUUGCAAAUGGUCAUGUGUCUCAAGGCAGGGUGUCAUAGUUGCUGCUAAAUUUGCAAGGGCAUUCCUGUCAAACACUGAAUUGUGGAGGUCGCACUCAUUGGAAUAGAUAAUCAAAAUUAUUAAUUAUUUUCUUGCUUAAUCAAAUUUAUUUUUAUAUACAGUGAGAGAAUGCAAACACUAGUGUUUGGGAUAUUACUUGUAGCACCAUAUUUUGUUAGUACUCUGUUUCAUAGGAAAAAACAUUGUUAGUGCCUGCAAUAAAUCAGUAAGAUACUCAAAUAAAGUGAUUUACCAGUAAUGUGACUACUGGUGGGACUACUACUGUACUAAGAAAGUGAGCUGAUGUAGAUUACAUUUAACUCUUCAUACUAAUUUUUAUUAUUCAAGUGCUAAUUUUUGGCAGCUUCAAACAUUGUUGAGGAUUUAAAUGUUCUGCAUGUAUGUACAUACAUAAGGGGAGACAUGAGUUACUACAUUCAGUUACUACUUGGGGGAGCUGAUGGAGCCGAUAAAGACUGAAAUGUAUGGACCAAGAGCAAGUUGACAUGGAAGCUAAAUCACAGUUGAGUCACAGAAUGUUAGGGAGCACUUUCUAAGUGUCAGGGUAGCAGUGAAGUGGAUUGAACUAAAUGUGGAGGUGGGCGAGGCAAACUGAAUAUUGUGCUGUUAACAGUUUUAAGAGGAGGAGGCGGCAUGAUUUGGAUGAAGAGAUGAUAAACAACUAAUACCUGUCAAUGAAGCUUUAGAGGCAGGGACCAGGAGUUAAAACUUGAUCUUUACAAACACAGCUUAUUUAGUGUACACACACGACACACACACACGACACACACACACACACACGACACACACACACACACACGACACACACACGACACACACACGACACACACACGACACACACACGACACACACACGACACACACACACACACACACACACACACACACACACACACACACACACACACACACACACACACGACACACACACACACACACACACACGACACACACACACACGACACACACACACACACACACACACACACACACACACACACACACACACACACACACACACACACACACACACACACACACUUGCAUAUACAGCAGGCCUAGUGUCUAAUCGACAUGUGCCUAGGACAAAAUGGUAACUAACUCACAUUCACUCUCACACUCUGGCUAGUUAGUACAUAUACACAUGAGUUCAUUUUUACAAAUAGUCUUUUGAACUUAAAAUGUCGACUAUAAAACUAGUAAUUGACUUAUUUUACUCUAGUUUUUAUUAAGUUAUUAAUCAGGAAAAAGACCUAACCUGAAACUUGUCGUGAUAUCGAUGUGGUUCAGAGUUGUAAAAUAUUUUACAGCUUGAUUCAGUAUUUCAGGUGUUGCAAUUUUUAUGUCAGUGAUAUGUAAUUUUAGCAUGAAGAUUGAACAUUGAAAACACUUAAGUCACAAAAAUUGUUAACAGAUACAUUGAUAGAAUACUGUGUGUGUCAGUACAACAGUCUGUACAGAAUCUCAUUAAAUUUAUGAGUCACUCCAUCUGGAGAGAAAUACAGUAUCUGAAGUGUUUACAUAAGAGAUCUUCAUGUUGAAAUAAUCGUGAAGCAUGGUGGUGAUAAUGUUAAUUGUGCUUGUAGAUGUAAUUGACUACUACCCACCGGAUGGAUGUGGGAAGUGUAAUAUGUACUACUGUCAGAGUAACUAGAUGUAAAAAAAAAAAAAAAAAACUGGCUUGGAGUUUUAUGACUCCCUCGCCAUGGGUUCAAACCCCAUCCAUACUGUGGUUUGUUUGCAGUUGUGUUAUUACAAUUUUCCAAGUCUUGAUUGGAUGUAACUAAACAUGCGUUACAAUAAAUUUUAACGCUAAUAAAUUAUAAGGAAUGCAGUGCAAUGAGCCAUUUAGUAUGUAGUAUUUUAAAAUAUGAAGAUAUUAAAAAGCAAUACAAUAUAUGUAAUUAAUAUAAUGGAAUGUGAGGCAUUGUAAUGGUCUGUGUAUUCAUAAUUCUAAUAUAUAUAAAAAAAAAUUUCUUUCAGUUAGCGACUGAAGGACAACUGGCACAUGCAUUCUUAGUGAGCUAAUUUUGGACAAAUACAGAUGUUGGGGAAGUAUCCUCAUGCAUCAGAGUUGAUCACACACUGUGAAGCAGAAUUAUUUUUUCUCUAUUCUAAAUCUUGUUAUAAUUUGAAACCCUUAAAGGCGAAGGAGUAGUUGGAUACUGGAGGGCUCUUCAUCCAGUAAAUUGGAACUACAACCCCUCUUCCCCAUCCUUCUUUAUUUCAAAGUAAUUACAGUGGAACCUCAAAUAUCGAACUUUCUUCGGUCCAGAAGGCUGUUCGAGUGCCACUACCGAACGAAUUUAUUCCCAUCAGGAAUAAUGUAAAUUAGAUUAGACCAUUUAAGACCCUCCAAAAUACACUUAUAAAAGCACUUACAAAAAUACACUUGCAUAAUUGGUUGAGUUGGGAGCAGUUCGAUUUUUGAGGUUCCACUGUACCUCCCAUUUUCCCAGGUGCUGUAUGACCGCUGCAGGUUUAGUGCUUCCCCAUAAUAUAAUAAUAAUAAUAAUAAUAAUAGGGUCUUUUUUGUAAGAACCUUAAACUGCAUAUAUUAUUUUUGCAGUGAUAAAACCACCGCCUUUUAUGCUUAUCUGGAUAGGGAGAGAAAUUGAAGUAUAUUUACUUUGCUACAUUGUAAUAUGGGACAAAAUACAUAAUCGUUAACAAUUAUUAUGAAACUGGGUUUUUUGCCACCAAUGAUAUUAAAUAGAACAGGAGUGAUUAAAUUGAUAAAUGAGAUUGGGGUUUAGCCUUUUUUUAGUGAAUAUGAUGAAAGUUUACUGAAGCUUUUUUAAAUAUAAGUGAAAAUACUUAAGUCUUCCAUAAUUCAGUAAUUUAUAUAAUCAGUAUUCCUUAUAUACAGCUGAAAAGAGUUUUAAGUAUUUUUAAAGUAAACUUUUGUGUUAUUUUGAGUACAGUAAUAGUGUUCAAUCAAGUGUUGUCAUAUUAUCACUUAAUUAUACUUUACUUCACUCCUCAAAUUUCAAAUGCAGCUUAUUUUAUCAUUUAACAGAAAGCAGUGGGGAUAAACUAUAGUCCACUUUGUUUGGAAAACAUUUCAUAUAAGCAAAUAAUGAUUAAGUGGCUAUCCAGAUAAAAAAAUAAUUUUGUAGGAAUGUAGGAACUGCUAUGACAAUAUACUGUAACAAUACAAAUAAAAAUUUUUAUGUACAUUUCUCUGCUUGAUAGGAUGUAUCGUGCAAACCCGAUGUGAAAUUGCAUUUACUGAUGUUCAUGAUGAAAGUCUUAUUGAAUUAAACUACUUGCUCAUUUUGUUAUAAUUUAUUUUACCCAUUUCAUUGUCCAGUGAUUAUCUUAUGUAUUGCUUGGGUAAUAGUAAGGACUGACAUUGUACAAGGACUGACAUUGAUAAUAAAACAUGUAAAUCCAUUA